AUGAUGGGCGACGCGUUCACCGUCAUCGGUGGCCCCACCGCUGGCGCGGUCUUCCGGAACAACGCCAUCUUCGACAACCCGUUCGCGGGUUGCUCCCUCGGGAUCCUGGCGACGGUGCUGGUGCAGUCAUCGUCGACCAGUACCUCCAUCAUCAUCACGAUGACUGCGGCAGGCCUGAUCGAUCCCAAGAACGCCGUUUACAUGAUCAUGGGGGCGAACAUCGGCACAUCCGUCACCAACACAAUCGUCAGCAUGUCCCACAUGGGUGACGUGGACCAGUACCGACGGGCGUUUGCGGGCGCAACGGUGCACGACUGCUUCAACCUGCUGACAGUGUCCAUUUUGCUCCCGCUCGAGUACUUCACCCACAUACUCUACCACAUCGGCAGCGCUCUUGUCGAGUCCGCUGGCAUCGAGGAGGACCAGGAGGCGAAGGAGAAAAUCGACUUCAUCAAAGUGCUCACGAAGCCAGUCACCUCUCGCCUGAUAUCUGUGGGCGAGAAGCUGGUGACCAAGGUCGCACAGGCGAGUGACCAGGACAAGCUGGACGACCUGCUGGCACAGUCGAUCAUCCAGAACAAGCGCACCCAGGACAACCAUAUGUUCCUGGACACCCCCCUGAGUGACGAGGGGGCUGGGUGGCUGCUGCUGGUCAUCUCCCUGGUGAUGCUGUCCACCACGCUUAUUCUCCUGGUCAAGCUGCUGCAGACGAUCUUUCGGGGCCGCGCUGCGAUUUGGAUGCAGGGACUGCUGAAUCUGGAGUUCAAGACGGUGCCCUUUGUGGCCGACUACAUCCUUAUCCUCUUCGGUGUGGGUAUCACUAUCCUCAUGCAGAGCAGCAGCAUAACCACCUCGACGCUGACGCCGCUCGUCGGAAUCGGCCUGAUCAAGCUUGACAAGAUGUUCCCGUUCACCGUUGGCGCGAACGUGGGCACCACCGUCACGGGCAUGCUGUCAGCGUUGGCGGGCUCGAACGUCGCGACCGGCAUGACGGUGGCGUUUUCGCACCUGUUCUUCAACCUCAUCGGCGCUUUGAUCUGGUUCCCGAUUCCUGCCAUGCGCGCCGUGCCGCUCACCAUGGCCAGGGCGCUGGGUAGCAUGGCCGCGGACCUGCGCUGGUUCCCCAUCGCCUACAUCUUCGCCGUCUUCGCGGCCAUUCCGGGCCUGCUCCUGGGGCUGUCCUUGAUGCAUUGGGCGGCACUCGUGUUCGUGGGCCUUCCGCUCCUGCUCCUACUAAUCGCUGGUUCCUGCGACUUCGGAAUGCGCGCCUACCACCCAGAGCGGCUGCCCGCGGUGCUCAAGAAGGACUUCUCAUUCAUGCCGCCCAGCAUGCAGAUGGCCACCGCGGACGGCGAGGCUCAGUCCGCCGCGGUGGAGGAGUCGAAGAUCGGCAGCACCGACAUCGGCGGCGCGAGGCAGUGGUGGCUGGCGCCCUGUGCCUACGGGCUCGGCUGGUACUCGAUCAUGGUGUUGCUGAUGGCGGUGCCGAACGCCAAGUGGUCCGACAUGAAGUACGCGUCCUUCGACGCCCGAGACCACGUCGGCAUCGGCGCCUGGAGCGCGUGCUCCGCCAUGUUUGCGGAGGAGGUGGGCUGGGCCCCGAGCCCCCUCACGGGCGAGGCCCUCGAUGCGCACCUCGCGACGUGCAUGGAUGGCCUCAGCUCCGCCUGCGCCGACCAGAGCGGCUUCUCCACCGUCCUGGGCGCCAAUACCGUCUACGAGGAGUCGUGGCAGGGGUGCGCGAGCGCCACGACGGCGGACUGGCUGAGCGAGUGCGAGGCGCUGACUGGGUGCGGCGACCUGCAUGCGACGCAGUGCGCCAACGUGUCCGCCGCGGUCUCCCGACCGUACACCAUCGACUACAGCCAGACUGGCACCAAGUGGUCCGCGGCCCCGGCGUCGUCCUGCAGCGCAGACGCCUUGCCGAAGGCCUGCUGCAUCCCGCUCGGCGACCUCUGCACGGACGUCGACGGCCUGACGGCCGCGGGCGGCCUGAGCGUGGCCGGGAUCGUCUUCUGCUUCUUGGGGAUUGCGGCGAUGCUCGCGUAA